AUGUCCCGGACCUGGUUCCUAUGGGCUGCUAUUUGGGCUCUCCUGGCUACUACCACAGCUCAGCGCAGGUUCAGUGGCCGGAACAACAGAUGGGGACAAAACGGGAGCGGGAGAUACUCUGCGUACAAGACUUGGAACUCCAGCCUUUACCCCCGAUGGAGAGAAGGAGAUCCCAGGCAGGGAAAUUGCUGGCGAGGUGGCAAUGUGACAGUUGAUAUCAGCAACGAUGCCCCAACUUUAACAAGUGCCAAAAUAACAUUCGGGAUUGCUUUGCGCUUUCCCAGGAAUCAAACUGUGCUGCCAGAUGGACGUGUAGUAUGGAGCCAGAACUGCAUCAUAAACGGCACCCGUAUGAGAAAAGGGGAUCCUGUUUUCCCAGAUCAGGAGGAUGAUACUUCCGAUUAUGUGUUUCCUGAUGGACAUCCCUUCUCCCCAAGCGAUCGCCGGCCUGGCAAGUUUGUUUUUGUCUGGCAGACAUGGGGGCGAUAUUGGCAAGUGGUAGGUGGUCCCACCUCCUCAUUGACUAUUGAAACAGCUAAUGUAGCUUUGGGCUCCUAUACCAUGAAUGUGGCAGUCUAUCAUUACCGGGGACGUGAGAAAUUCAUCCCUAUUGGUGGUACUUCCUCACAGUUCAGCAUCACAGACCAGAUCCCGUUCCAAGUGAACAUUGCACAACUUCUUGAUACCGAUGGGACAGAUAGUCGUUUUGUGCGAAACCGAGCCAUCUCCUUUGCUGUGCAGCUCCAUGAUCCUAGUCAAUACCUCCAUGAGGCUGACAUCUCCUACUCCUGGGAUUUUGGUGACCAAAGCGGGACCCUGAUUUCUCGGGCAACCAUGGUCACUCACACCUACCUUUCUGCUGGUACCUUCAGCCCUCGUGUGGUGGUUCAGGCUGCCAUUCCUGUGGCCUCAUGUGGAGGCAGUACUUCAGAAGACCCAUUCGUCAUGCCCACAACCCUCAGGCCCACCACCACUCUGAGUGGAACAACUGUUCAAGCUUCCAGUGUGUUUUCCACCAUAAAUAGCAUUACUGGGGCAAGCACUGAAGAGGAUCUGACUUCUGUCCCAGCUUCUGCGACGUCAGUCCUUUCCACUGUAUCGUCAGCAGUAACUGAAGGGGCAACGUCUAUAGCCACAGUUCCUGCCACAAAUGUAAGUGCUGGGCCUGAAGGAGCGGAUUUAGCGGCUGCUUCUGUGGAACCUGCAGUUGUUGCAUCAUCCGAGGCAACUGAAGAUAGCGCAGACACUGAGGCUAUAACCAUUGCCGUGUCUGCAUCUCUCCCAAAUACCAUGGCACUGGCAUCUACCGCAGCAUCUGAAUCUCCACCAGGCUCUGUUGCUCCAGGUUCUUCAUCUACAAUAGUACCUGAGAAUGACCCAGGAACACCGGAACCAACUGUUUUGUCCCCCAUUGCAUCUACAACUAUCUUUUCAGAUACCUCUGAAGACACAGCAGCCAUCAAUCCAGUGGAUUCAGUUAUGCCUGCCACAGAAACAGUCGCAGAAGAUGCAGUCCAGCUUCUGGUGAAACGCCAGGCACCCACUGGAUGCCUCCUCUAUCGUUAUGGAACCUUUGCCACUAAUCUGGACAUCAUCCAGGGCAUCGAGAGUGUGGAAAUUGUGCAGGUAAUGCCGCUGACGCCCGCUAUUGCUGAGAAUGCAGUAGAUCUUACUGUGACGUGCCAGGGAAGCCUCCCUGAAGAAGUCUGCACAACUAUCUCAGAUCCUGAUUGUGUGAUAGUCCAAGAGAGUAUAUGCAACCCUGUUCAGCCAAGCCCAGACUGCCAGUUUGUUUUGCGCCAGGCCUUCAACCAAUCUGGCCUCUAUUGCGUCAACAUCUCACUGGCUGAUGCCAACACCUUAGCUGUUGCCAGCACCCAAGUCAGCAUCCAGACAGAAAGAAAUCAAGCUUCAGCCCAAAUUACAUUUGUAGUUGGAAUGCUGCUGGUUAUUGCUGCCGUGGGAACCGCUAUCUAUACCUAUCGGCAUUUGAGACACAUCCCUCUACGGGCCAUGAUGUCUGCUGGUGCUUCUCCAAGGAACUGGUUUCCUGACCGCACAGCUGUACGCCUCUUCCUUGGCCAGGCAUUUGGCCGGCGGGCCAGUGGGGAAAGCAGCCCCUUGCUCAGUGGCAACGUCAUCUAAGUGGAAGUCAA